AUGCCGACCCGAAAACACCAAAAGAAGCCCUCCCGCUCCCACCGCUCGACCCUCUCCCUCCAAAAGACCGAAAUCCUCAUCCACAUCUACGACCUCCUCCCCCCCGGCCGCAUCUCCACCGUGCUCUGGCACAUGGGCACCUCGCUACUCCACUCGGGCGUCGUGAUCAACGGCAAGGAAUACGCCUACGGCGGGCACGACCGGCGCGGGCUGACGGGAGUCUACUGGACCAAGCCGCGCACCGAGCCGCCCGGCGGCACCUUCCGGUGCGAGUACCUGCACGGCUUCACGCUGGCGCCGCAGGCCGAGGUCGACGCCAUCAUCCGCGAGGCGUCCGAGGAGUUCCUGGGCACCGGCUACAACCUGCUGACGCGCAACUGCAACCACUUCACGUCGUAUCUGUGCGAGCGGUUGACGGGCGAGCCCGCGCCGGGGUUUUUGAACCGCGCCGCGAGCAUCGGUCUGGCCCUGCCGUGCGUCGUGCCCAGGGAGUGGAUCGAGGUGCCCGACUUUGACGCCGCGGACGGCGCGGCGCUGGAUGAGGACGAGGAGGGCUAUGAUAGCGAGAGGGCGAGGAUGCUGAGGUCGUCUGGGGACCAGCCGCGGUUGGUCGGCCAGGAGGACCGGGACACGGGCACGGAGUGGGACAGUGAGGAGGAGCGCGAGCGGGGUGGCAACGGCAAGGGGAAGGGCAAGGCGCCGGUUAGGGACUCAGCGGGGAGGAUGCUUCCUCCUGCGGAACGAGCGCCGAUUUCGUGA